AUGCCUAAACGAGCUGCUGAAUCUCAGCUUUCGGACGGAAACCCUUCCAAGAAGCAAAACUCUAGGGAAGUAGACGAUUCUGUCUCUCCAAAACUCCAAAAUAGAGUGGCAGAUGAUUCUCACGUGGCUGUUACAAUAGAAGAAGACAUCAUCGAUGUUCAGGAGGAUGGUUCCGCUGCACCGAACGACAUGCAAGAUAUUGCAGACGAUGAAUCGAAAGAUGAGGUCAUUACUGGUAUGUCUGCAGCUAAUGAUGCUAACACAAGUUCCAAGACUUCCAACAGCAAGUCGAAAAAGACAAAGAAACCUCCGGUUGGCGAUGGCUUCGCAACUUUCACCCACAACACUGCAAUCCCUCCGGCCAACCCCUUCUGGGGCAUCAAACCCAUGCCUGGCGACCCACGUCCCGAUUCCAUCCAGCCCUCAGCCCGAGAAAGCAAUGGACAAACCAACCCACCGCUAUGGGAAGACCGGGGCUACCGCUACAAGCGCGGCUCUCGCUACGUCAAGUACUUUGGUCCCAUCCCCCCAUCCGACAUCGAUUCCCGAGAACAGAACCUCGAUCAAGAAGCCUUGCACAUCGUAAAACUGAUUGAUAUGCGUCCCAAGAGCAAAAGAGAUCCAACACCAAAACGCACACCAACGAUAUACUGCUACGGGAAGACACCGAAAGACUGGAACAGCAUGCAAACGAUCAAGGCCUUAAACGACCGCCGCUACCAAGCCAUUGACCGCACAACCAUGGAUAGACCCUGGCAACGCAUCGAGCGCGAGUACCUAGCCUCACUCUUGCGAGACACACCCGACGCCUCCAUCUGGGAGCUGACUGAGCGUCACAACGCACGCUUCAUGGGGCAGGACUUCACCGAAGCCACGGGCUUCGGUUUCGCGAACCUAUCUUCCGGGCGAACCGUCGAGAGCGUCCGAUACGAAUACACGACGUACAAGCCACUCUACGAUGCAGGCAAGGUGCCUGAAGCAAUCCGGUGGCGCGGUGAUCCAUCCGUAGAAGGGAAAGCAGUAAAGGAAAGUGGGCGUGCUGAACGGGCAUUCGGGAAGCCGAGUCGGGCGCUGGAAAUGGCGCAUGAUGCUGCAAUCGGGAGAGAAGACGACGACGACGACGAUAACGGCGAGGAAGCGAAUGCAAAUUCAUCAAACAAUAGCGGAACAGCAAAUCCAUUCAAAGGCCAAGAGAAACUCAACUCAGACGACGAAAUGCUCCUCGAGCUAGCCGGCGCAUACGGCAACAACCUAUCUCCCCACCUCCUCAACCCAGAACCCGCCGCAAAACCCACGGCACCAACCCAGCAACUCCUCACAACAAAGACACAACCCCACAAACACAACACUACUCCUUCCUCCCCCGCACAACCAACUCACUCGCCAUCCAAACAAGGCAGUCCCAGUUCUAGUUCUACCCGCUCCCCUCCCGCGGCGCACGACACCAACAUGCAAAACGACUUAGUAUUGCUCGAGUCUCCUGCCCCGCAACGCCGCACCUCGCUGCACGCGAUGCGCAAGGUAGAGAUAGAUGAGAAUUACAGUGAUGAAGAUGGUGUUUGA